AUGGCAUUAACUCGAAUAAAACCGAAUGUGAAUUGUGAAUUAUUUCAUCAACGUUAUAGUGAAUUAAGCGACGAAGUUCGUGCAAAAAAUAAACGCGAAGAUCGUCUUCUUGAUAUUCGAUUAAAAUAUUAUGAACGUGAAAAAAAUACUCGUUUAAAUAUUUUACGUAAAGAACAAUAUCAAUUAGAACGUACACGUUCAUUAUUAACGGAACAAUGUCAUAAAAUUCAACAAGAUAAACAAAAACAAUUCAUAUCAUUAUAUUUUAAUGUAAAAACUAAUCUUGAACAAACACCUAUAGUACAAUUAUCGACACCAGAAUUUUUUAAUACAGACUGGGAAACAACAACUACAGAUAACAAUUCAAUUAAACAUACAAAUGUUAUACGACCCCAUUCAGCGGGUUGA